AUGAUGUCCGCAACAAUGGCCCCAAACCAAGACAUUACAGACAAUGAGAGCACUCGCGCCCCAAGUGAUGGCCAAACACACGACACGAGUGAUGGCGUGGAGACUGUGUGUCCACAAGAAGUCAAUGUGUUGUCGAGGGAAGAGUUGUGCGAAAGGAGGCAGAAGUGCAUUGAAUUGAAGUCUUCGGGAAAUGAAUGGUUCCGACAGGAGAUGUACGACAAGAGUAUAGAGGUAUACACGGAAGCGCUGGACGUAUGUCCGGAUGAGUUUGCGAGGGAUCGGGCGGUCGUCCACUCGAACCGUUCGGCCGCUCUUAUGCACUGCCAUCGACUCGAGGAAGCGCUCAAUGACUGCAACUCUGCCAUCGAUUUGGACCCGAUUUACGUGAAGGCGAUCCUAAGAAGGGCUCAAAUCUACAGACAAAUGGACAACAAAUUAGACGACUCUCUGAAAGACUACGAAAGAGUGGUUGAAUUGGACUCUAGUUGUGCCGAAGCGGUGAUCGCAUGCAACCAAUUGCGACACGAGAUCCACGAGAGGAAUGAGAGACUGAAGACCGAAAUGAUGUCUAAACUGAAAGACUUGGGAAAUCUAGUGCUGCGACCCUUUGGUCUGUCGACCGAUAACUUCAAAAUGUCUCAAAAUCCAGAAACGGGCGGAUAUUCUGUGAACUUUCAAAACAACUGA